AUGUCGAAAUCUGAAAACAGUUACAUCUUCAAGGCCACAAUAUGGCAGCGCUUCACGAGACAUAUGAAGCAGUGGUGGUGCUUGUAUUCAAUUCUAUUCAUUUGCAUCUUCUUGAUCAUUUUCUUGCCUAUUAUCUAUGUGGGAAUCCCACAUUUUGCCGACAAGUAUAUCAAUGGUGCCCAGUUCGAUGACACUGUGACCAUCACCAAUCCCCGGCCUACUGCCUUCCAUAUAAGUCAAUCUCAGAAGAUUAUGAGUGGUGGAUUGAGUGGAAGUGGUCACCUGUCGGCAUUUAAUGCAACACUCAGUACGUCCGAUGGCCAGGAGUUUGCGGUCUUACCAAUACCGGAAGUCAAAUUCAGAAAUGGUGCCGAUCUUGAAAUCGAUCAAGAUCUCGAGUUAUCCUGCGUUGAGUGUCUCUCAGAUAUAGCAGUCGCAUUAGCCUCGAAUAACAAUGUCUCCUUGGUGGUCAAAGGCCAUCCCAACUUGAGACUGGGUGCGCUGCCUACAGCGCAUUUAAAUAUCGACAAGACUAUAAUGAUGAACGGUUUCAAUAUCACCGAAUUUUUGAAUAACGACGGUGCCUUCAAUAUCACCAACGUGGAUCUCCUGAGCCCUGAAGUAGAUGGAUAUAACUUCAAUGCAACCGUUUCCCUCCGCAAUCCAACAUCAUUCACGGUGGAAAUGGGACAUGUCAUAUUUAAUCUGACAAUGGGCGGUUCAUCACUAGGAUACGUCGACAUGCCUCAUCUGAUGCUCAACCAAGAUAUUAGCAGUACGGUAGUUCUGGGUCACGUCGACGAGUCGAUGCUUAUUAGGGAGGUCCUGCUGGACAGCAGUGACGGCACCGUUACCAUUGGCAUCGAUGGUUAUAGUUGUCACUAUAAAGGGCAAGAUAUUCCAUACUUCACGGCAGCCAUUAAGGCUUGCUCUGCGUCAGUGACAGUGGAUAUCUUGAAAUAUGCCUCAAGCUUGUUCCAUUAG